CCACCAGGUUUUAACUCUUAUCACUUCUCCCCCGUGAAUCCCUCCCCGCCCUUCUUCCCAACUUCCAUAUCCAGCCCCCUGUCUUCGUGUUCGUGUUUUUGUCUUUUGACGGUUUCAUGGAGGUCGAGAGAGUGCAGGCCGUGGCGUCCUCCUUGAUGACCGCGGAGACCAUCCCCGCAGAUUUCAUCCGGCCCGAGCAGGAGCGCCCCGCCAUCACCACCUACCUGGGCCCCGCCCCGGACAUCCCUACCAUCGACCUCAGCCUUCCCGACCGCGACUCCGUGGCGAGGGCCAUCGCCCACGCCAGCAAGGAGUGGGGGAUCUUCCAGGUGGUUAACCACGGCAUCCCCGCGGAGCUCAUCUCCCGCCUGCAGGCGGCCGGGAAGCACUUUUUCGACCUCCCCCCCGAGGAGAAGGAGGCCUACGCCAAGCCCCCCGAGUCCCAGUCCGUCGAGGGCUACGGCACCCGCGUCUCCAAGGACGUCAACUGCAAGCGGACGUGGAACGACCACCUCUUCCACAAGGUCUGGCCUCCUUCCUCCAUCAACUACCGCUUCUGGCCCACGAACCCCCAAGACUACAGGGAGGUGAACGAGGAGUAUACCGAGUACAUUAGGGAGGUGGUGGACGGGCUGUUCCGCUGCCUCUCCGUGGGGCUCGGUCUGGAGGAGAAGGCCAUGAUGGAGGCGGUCGGCGGGGAAGAGCUUCAGUACAACCUCAAGAUCAACUACUACCCUCCCUGCCCCCGCCCGGACCUCGCCCUUGGGGUGGCCGCCCACACCGACCUGUCAACGCUCACCAUCCUUGUGCCCAACGACGUCCCGGGCCUCCAGGUCCUCAAGGACGGCCACUGGAUUGACGCCAAGCACAUCCCCAACGCCCUCAUCGUCCACAUCGGCGACCAGAUUGAGAUCCUGAGCAACGGACUGUAUAAGGCGGUGCUGCACAGGAGCACAGUGAACAAGGAGAAGGCGAGAAUGUCGUGGCCGGUGUUCUUGGAGCCGCCGGAAGAGUGGGUGGUCGGGCCUCUUCCUCAGCUGCUCAGCCCCGAGAGUCCCCCGAAAUACAAGGCCAAGAAGUUCAAGGAUUACAUGUACUGCAAACUCAACAAGCUUCCCCAGUAAAACUCCCUCCCUACUCUUUUACAAGG